AGAGGAAGGAGAAUGGAAUGAAUGAAUGAGAACCCCGCCUUCCCUUCUUUCACUCUCCAUUGACUCUGCCCUUGUUAACCUAUCUCACUUUACCGAUCUCUCCUCAAUACCCGAUCAUAUCCUUCGCGAACUCUUCCUGGAAAGAAGUUUUAUUGAGUCCAUGUAUGUUUUAAAUUGCUUGGUAGAGAACUUUGAGAGCUGGGAAGCUAACUGAAAAGAUUCUCAAGCUAUUCAUAGCAACUGGCAAAGAAGAAGUGCUUUCACUCAUUGCUGCACUCAAUAUCCAGCAUAUAAUGACUCCUGUUCUCCCCACCAGAUGUUCUGAAAAAUUCUGAAAUCGGAUUCAUCAACAUGUCUCAGUCUGAAGUAAUCAUCAAAGACAAUGAGGUCGAUAUCGUGAUUGCUGCAAUGCAGUUCGAUAUGACCUCAUUCUUUAACGAAUGGGGGCCAUUACUCUCAAAAUACCACCUGAUAAUUGUUAAAGAUACCGAUCUCAAAGAGGAACUAAUCAUCCCAAAAGGCUUCAAUCUAGAUAUCUAUACUAAGAACGAAAUAGACCGAAUCGUCGGAGGAAAAUUUCUCUUUUCUGGAUAUUCCUGUCGCUACUUCGGUUAUCUGGUAUCGAGAAAAAAAUACAUCAUCUCAAUCGACGACGAUUGCAUUCCAGCAAAGAACGAUAAAGGAGAACUAACAGACAUAGUCAGCCAACAUCUUUCCAACCUUAAAACUCCAGCCACACCUUAUUUCUUCAAUACCCUAUACGAUCCUUAUCGCGAAGGAGCUGAUUUCGUUCGAGGUUAUCCGUUUAGCCUGAGAAGUGGGGUCCACUGUGCAAUGUCGUGUGGUUUAUGGCUAAAUUUAGCAGAUUUUGAUGCUCCGACACAAGUCCUGAAGCCAGAGUUGAGGAAUUCGCGAUACGUUGAUGCGGUUAUGACUGUACCGAUUAGAACGAUGAUGCCUGUUAGUGGAAUAAAUUUGGGUUUCGAUCGUGAUUUAGUAGGACCAGCUAUGGUUCCUGCUUUGAGGUUGGCUGGGGAAGGGAAGUUUAGAUGGGAAACUAUGGGAGAUGUGUGGUCAGGAUUGUGUGUGAAGGCUGUGUGUGAUCAUUUAGCUAUGGGGAUGAAAACAGGGCUGCCUUACGUUUGGAGAAAGGAAAGAGGUGAUGCGGUUCAGAGUUUGAAGAAAGAGUGGGAAGGGGUGAAGAUGAUGGAGGAAGUGGUUCCGUUUUUUCAGUCGCUUAGAUUGUCUCCUGAAGCUGUGACGGCUGAGGAUUGUGUGGCUGAGAUUGCUUCAGCGGUGAAAGAACGAUUGGGUAAGGUUGAUCCUAUGUUUGUUCGAGCUGGGAAUUCUAUGAUGGAAUGGAUUAAGAUUUGGAAGGCGGUUGGAAGUGGACCUUCUUUGGCUGGUGGUGGUGCUUGAGAGGCAGGUAAUUCUGUUCUUGUUUUUGAGAUGGAAGAAUGUUUUGAUAGAAAAUAAGGUUAUUAAUUGUGUUUGUUUUGUUUUUAACUUUGUUUAAGGUGACUGACUGCUUUGGAACUGAUUGUGUGUGAUGGACUUGUUCUUUGUUUCACACUUUUCAUUAUUGCCAAAGAUUGAAUCGUGGCUGUUUCUUUAAACUUUAAAGGAAUGAUAUAUUGAUUU